AUGAGCCAAAUUCCCUCCGACGAAGAGCUUUUUGCUAUCCUCAACCAGAGGAUGUUACAGGACAAGCAUGGACUGGACCAAAUCUUGUCCAGAAUGAACGCUCCCGGUGUCAAUGCUGGAGUUUAUGGGCAGGCUGCUCCACUGCAGGCCCCCCCUUCGUCCCAAACUGCCCGCAACCUCGUCUCCCCAAGUGCUACGAUCGAUUCAAUCGAUGAAUCGAUCAACAAUCGACCUCCUCCUUCGACUCCCGGUACCACUUCCUUCUCAGCUGUAUCCAGUACAGCUGGUCGUCCGUCCUCCCAACUCGAUCUCAACUCUUAUCAAUCGCGCUACCCAUCUCAGUUCAUCGGACGUCAAACCCCCUUCCCUCACCCCCUGCAGCUUGCUCCUCAGCCAUCUUUCACCACCUUCGCGAGUGGUCUAGCUCCAAGCAGCUCUGCUAUUGCAGCUACGAAGAGACUGCCAGGAGGAGGAUACCAGCAAGCGACCAGUAGAGGCGUUGAAAAGGUUCCCAAGAUUAGCAAGGUUACGCUCGGUCGAGGGCAAAACAAGGCAAGUCUUAUUUCGACUACUCUUGGUCUCAUUUGGUCUUAUUUGGUCCAAAUUGGUCUGAUGAAGUCUUGCCAACGCUGGAUCAAGUUAUGGCAGUCGGGAGGAGGUCCCAAAUUCCUAGAAGCUGUCGAGCUGCUUGGUUAUAUGCAAUCAAUCGUCGUUACUAGCAACAUGACGCCUCGGGACGUGGGCAAUGAGGUGCUAAGAGUCUUCCGAUCUGUUCAUGGACCUCAAUUCCUCUCCACGCCUUUCGUCUGGGCCAAAUGUGGACAAGGAUCUACCAAAUUCGACGGAAGGAUGACUUGGCCAGGCUUCACCACUCCGAUUGAAGACUUGAAGGACAAGUUUCGCAACUCCUACUACAUUUGCAUCUUUGAGGAAGGGUGGGACUUGCCAGAGAACGACAAUCCAGAGUGGAGAUUACAGGUAGCGGGUGAGAUGGGCGAAGACCACGACCCUUGGGAGAAGACGACCGAGGACGAUGAGGAUGAUGUUGAUGGACUAAGGAGUUGCCAAGGAUGCAGUAGACGAUACCCCCCUGAGAUGCUAGCCGCUCAUCAGGGGAAGUGUCAGGCAUGGUUGGACCAACAAAGGCGUCAAUUGCUCAAGGAGUCGGAGUCUGAUUCAGACUUGGAGUCAUUAAGGAACCUGCCGCCGGUGCAAGGGAGACCAAAAAAGACCUCGGGAGGUCAAAAGAAGACCAAGAGAGUCCUUCUCACGUCGAAAAAGAGACCAGGCAAGGCUGUCGCACCACUCUCCAAGUCCAGAAUCGUCAAAGACGAGCCGACCGAGGAGCUGAAUGUUACGGGAUCAUCACGUGAGUCGACUACCGACACACAGGCUCGAUCUACGGACAUCAGCAUACACCUAAGUCCGGCUCGACGAGGCGAAUCCGAUUCCCUCGGAGCAGAUUCGGUCGCCCCUACCAUUCGCCUUCACCAUUCACCGAAACAACAAACCUUCCCGACAUAUAUCACAAACAGGAACAGGGACCUCGAGGUACACGACACUCUACUCAGGACCUCGACAACCUUACUCGACGUACCUAGGGACAAAUGA